AUGUUGCCACCACAUCGAAAGACGCCAGAGACUCUCAUCAUGCCCGAGGAGCUUGAAACGGCACAAGUAACACCCGGUCAAACACCUACGACAGCAUGCCAACCGACCCUUCCGGCGCCGAGCAGGCUCUCGCUACCCGGUGUCGAUGCAGCGGCGCACUUUGAUCUGGUCAUUAUCGGCGCCGGUCCAGCCGCCCUAGCUGUAAUCUCUCGCAUCCUCGAAUCACGUCCAGCUGCGCUCUACACCGAAGACGAGCACCGACACCUGCAUUUCACCCAUCGCCAACGUACGCCUGCUCUGAUCCCGUCCAAAGUGGCGAGAGCGUCGAAAACGUCCAAGGCUAGCAUCUCGAGGGAGCUGCAGGAACAGACUCGCCAGGGGAGCAAGAAGAAAGGCAAGGCGCUUUGGAACGUCGGCAUGCAGGACCCGUGUCAAUGCGAUGGCAGGAUCAAGAUCCUCGUCAUCGACAAGCUCGGCGAAGGCUUCCUGGGGCUCUGGAGGAGGAACUUCCGUGCGCUGAAGAUCAGCCAUCUGCGCUCACCCAUGUUUUUCCACCCGGACGCCAGCGACUUUGAUGCGCUCAUCGCCUACGCCAACCAGCAAGGCCAAGCAGGCGAGGGCACACCGGACCAGGUUGUUGAUCUAAUUGAGCAAAAGAUCGCAGCUGGAAAGCCUGCACCUUUGCCGCGCGGAACGGGCUGCCGAAGACGCUCCAGAGGCAGCAAGCGCUCGGCUUCGCCCGAGGCUGAGACCGGGAGCAACGCCGCGAGACUCCCCGACCUCAUUGAAAUUCUCGGCGUCGUCGGCAAGGAGAAAUCCAAGCACAAACGCAAGCAGCAGCUGCAACAGCCCAAAGAGCAUCACUCGAGCGCCGUCGCUGCCACUUCGACCAAGGUGCAUGUCAACGAACGCGAUCGUCGCGACUACUUUACGCCCAGCUCGGAUCUGUUUGAUUCGUUCACGCGUCAGCUGGAACACAAGUAUCGCGUACAGUCAAGCGAUAGCCAUGGCUCCAGCACCUGGCCGAGCAUCUCGCAGUUCUUUGACAGCGAUGCGGAGGAGCAUUCGAGUGCAGCAAGUGUACCAGACUCGACUGCUCAGCAAGGUGCAGGGCUGGAUGAAAGCCCGGUGACCACGGUGAAGGGGGUCGUCAAGGAUCUGGUCUGGUUCGAUGGAUCCAAGCAGACGGUGCAAGACGAUUUCGGCAACCACAGUCCAGGCUUCCUGCUCGAGCUCGCCGACGGCGUCGCAGGCAAGUCCGCCACAGACGACGCGGUGGUGAUCUCAGCUAAAGCCGUCGUCAGCGCUGUCGGGUUCGGAGGUGUACCUAUGAUCCCGCCCUACCUCUCUGCCACUCGCCCAACCAACACAUCCGCCGCGGCUCCUACCAAGCCUCCUCCAACCUGCGGUCCAGGGUGGAUGCAUUCCAGCUGUCUCGCCACCCUACCCUUCCCGCUGCCCCCUGCCCUUGCACCCACCACGCGCGCGCGCGAGCGCACCAUGGUCGUGGUGGGCGGCGGCCUCACCUCGGCGCAGAUCGUCGUGCGUGCUCUCGAAGAAGGCUACGACAAAGUAGUGCUGCUCACGCGCGGGCAUCUCAAGAGCAAGCCGUUCGACGUCGAUCUCGGCUGGGUGGGGCGCUACAGCAACUACCUCAAGAUGCAGUUCUGGCAGAACGAAGAUGUUCAGGAGCGGCUGACUACGCUCCGCGCCGCACGCAAUGGGGGCAGUGUCACGCCGACGUAUGCGAAGGUGCUUGCGAGGCUGCAGGCGUUGGGCAAGGUCGAAGUGCGCACGCACACGACAAUUGCGGCAGCCGUGUAUGCCGCACCUGCGUGGCACGAUCGACAACAGCGCCGCAAGCAGAAGCAAGAGGAUGAAGAGAGAGCCGACUCUGAGCAAGAUGACGGUGGUGAGGCGGAGGAUUCGGAUCAAGAAGACGCGGUGGACGACGGCGAUCGGCAGUGGAGCCUCGAGCUGCGCACCAGCAGUGCCGGCGGCAAUCUCGAGACUAUCCGCGCCGACUACCUCUGCGUCGCCACUGGCGCAAAGAUCGACUUCGGCGGGCUGCCGUUCCUGCAGCAGAUCCAAAAGACGCACCCGGUCCGCCUGGUCGGAGGCCUACCAGUGGUCACCGCGGAUCUCGAGUACCGCCGCGAUGUGCCUCUCUUCGUCACGGGUGCCUACGCUGGCCUACAGAUCGGCCCGGCAGCUGGCAAUCUGGGCGGCAUGAGAGACUCGGCCGAUCGCAUCGCCAACCGGCUGCUCGAGCUCCUGUCUCUGCCCGAAGGCGUGGUGCCCAAUGUGGUCUCGUUGCCAGAGACCGUCGUGCCCAGGUUGCGUGUCGUGCACCCACAGGACGACAGGGGCACCAGUGAGACUGCAGAGGCUUCACCGCCGAACCCCGUCCGUAAAGACCGCAGCAACAGACGACCGGACCGUUCUGCCGCUUUCACUCACUUCAACUUUGACCUCCUCUCGAUCGAAGCCUAG